AUGUCCAUCCCUGAACAUCCACAAAACCUUGGGUUUCUCGAGGCCCAACAAGGCUACAAAGACAUUCAGAUCAAGACCCAUGACUAUAAAGAUAAGCCCACGCCCUUGAAUGCCAAGCAGAACAAGGCAUCCGAGUUCAUCUCCAACCAGACAGAUAAAGACCACCAGAAGAAAUAUGCCAAACAGGUUGGCAGAAAGAUAUUCGACGUUUUGAUUCGCCAGGUGUGCAAUUAG